AUGCUGUUUCUCACAAAGAGUUCAAGUGCGCGGCGCUCAUUGCUGGCUUUGCUGUUGGCUUUGUGCUGUUUGAGCUGCGCGCUGGGCGCCAAAAUAAGCAAGAAGGUCGAAAAGCCGCCGUCUAAUGGCAAUGCAGACAAAGCCGAGCCAGCAGCGGCAGCCGAAGGCAACGAUGAGAAGAAAGAAGAUGAGGAAGCUGACGAUGACGAUGACGAUAACGAUGGGGAGGAUGAUGAUGAUGAUGAUGAGGAGGCCGAGGCGGAGACGGAGGCGGAGAAGCAGUCAACAGCAGAUAAGGAAGCUGCAGUAGCUGCCACCACAACCGGCAACAAGAACGAACUGAAGCCAGCUGUUGAUCCCACAGAUCUCAGCGUUUGGGGCAUGGUGCGAACACUUUGGAGCUGGCUGCGCAGCGAUCUCAGUGAAAGUCUCUUUGGCGAUGAUGACGAUGACGAUAAAAAGCCAGCUGCCGUGGAGGGCCGCACCUUUGGCAAGAUUCGUCGUCUGCAAAUGGCUUUGGUUCCCAUCAUCUUUAAGUUUGGCGUACUCUCCGCCAUGGUCGCGUUUUUGGUGGCCAUUGGCAUGAAGUCCCUGUUCCUGCUUAAGGUUUUGGUCGUAAUGAACGCCCUUGCUAUUCUGGGCAAAUUCCUAACACUGAAGACUAGCCUGUUCGGGCAGUAUGAGCACUCGACGCCCAGCUUUAGCUAUCCCGGCUGGAAUCCACAUGCCAAGGAGUCGUGGGGUCCGACAGGCCUGAGUGGAUCCCCAUCAGGACCGCAUCAUCCCAGCAAGGAGAUUCAUUUACACAUACACGGCAACGCGCAGACCCAGGCACAGUUGGCCGGCCAAAGCUACAACUAUGAGACGCAGGGCGGCUGGGCCAGCCGCAGCGAUCCCUACGGUGCCUACCAGCCCACCGGACAGUAUAAGGAUCAGCACACGGCUGAGGUGCCCAACAAUACGGAUCCGAUGUCGCUGCUGCCCACAAAGUAUCCGGCGCGCAGCCUCCUGAUUCGCUGAGCGGCUCUGACCUUCGGCCAACGACC